AUGGAGUACAAAGCCAUGGACUCCAUGGAGUCCACGUGGGACCCAAAUAUCGAUCCCGCUUUGGAUCCCCAGCUUGGUCUGGUUAAUGUUCCAACCCCAGUGCAAACUCAGCCUGGCGAUGCCUCAAAGGCCCAGCCCGGUAUUGCGACUGCUUUGACUGACAAAUUGUUGUGGCCUCUCAACGCCAAGCUUUGUGACUGCCCUGAGCAUUCUGAAACUACCUCGCCAGCCGAGCAUGCUCUUCUAUUCAUUCCGGACAGUGCGAAGCGUUGCCAUUACUGCCCAUGGAAGACUGAGAGAGUGGCAAAGGUGGGAAACCCGGCACCAAUAUUGCGUCGCCACGACAGCGACAGCUAUCCCGGUAUUUCCGUAGGCCCGCUACGUGCGUCUUUGAAGACAGAGUACGAAUGA